GGGUGACAUUGACCAAAGUGGACAUAAAAAAAGCAUUGAUCAAAAAGGGUUUUUGUUUAGAGUAAUAAGAAGUUAAGAACAACUAUUAGGUAUUGAUGUUUGUAUCUUGAUUGCACCACAAAAUCAAAAAGGAAUAAAAAACAAUCAGGAAGAUGGGUCAAACUGAAAGCACCGAAGCACAAACCACGACGACGACUAUGACAAUGGAUUCGAAUUCUGAUUCCUCUAAUCCCACUUCCCUGGAAUCCAUCAUCGCAGAAGCUGCAGCAUAUGGAAACCAAAACACUGAGUCUGUUGAAGAAAUGGCUCAGAAAGCUCUUGAAUGCCCUUGUAUUGCUGACCUUCGAAGUGGUGCUUGUGGGUUUCAAUUUUCAGAGGCAUUCCUCUGUUUUCUCAAGAGUACUUCUGAAGAAAAGGGCUCGGACUGUGUAAAUCCAUUUGUUGCUCUGCAGAGCUGCAUCAAGGCCAAUCCAAAUGCGUUCUCUAAGGACAUUCUUGGCGAAGAUGAAAGCAAGGAGUCGGAGCCAGUCCAAGAAUACAAAAUAAUUCCUCCUGAUUGGUCUAAGGAAUCUCAAAGUUCAAAGUCCAGGCUGUAAAGAAAAAGUUGAGAUCUACUAAAAUAACAGUAUGUCAAAUUCAUUUUAGAUUUGUAGUAGCUUUUGCUGAUUGAAAAAGUUACAGGUUGGAUAAGGGCCUGAAGCUCUGAACUAUUUUUUGUAUUCACUAUUAAUUAAAGCGUUCCACCUUAUUUUCACAUUUUUCACAGAUUCAUAUAGGAAAUGGUGAAAGCCUAAAAAAUAGGUGCAAACAAGGUGGCAAUUCUAUAAUUAAUAGUAAAAAUAGAAAAGAUUUUCUUAAAUCAAACAUGUAAAAGCCUUGAGGUGCACUUUUUUUUUUUUUUUUAAGAAAAUAAAUUAAAUUCCUUAUCUGCUUGUUCUGGGAUUGCAUUAAAUGUGUAACCCUUUCUUACCUCCAUAAUCGGUUAUCUAGUAGAUGAAUAUUGACAUUGAUUGAAUA